AGUGCGGGGGUUCAGCAAAGAUACACACAGUACGACAAACAGCCUCCGAUCGAUCAGCACAAACACGAGUAACCUCCAGAGGCUUUAAAUGGUCAGACGGCCGAUCAGACAUCAUUUAGGAAGCAGCCGUCACUCCGCUUCAAACAUCGUUCAGAGAGCAGCCGUCACUCACAGGAUACCAAGAUGGAGCGCCUCGUCUGUCUCGCUUUGAUUUGUGUGGCAUCGACUCUGGCAGAAAUCCCGGUGGACCCCAGAGGAGCUCGUCCAGUGGAGCCCGGCACCAGAGAUGAGAAAUGUGCCUCUCAGAGGGAGUGGCCUUUCUGCUCAGAUGACGAAUGGGGUUUUAAAUGUCCGUCCGGCUGCAGGAUUCAGGGUCUGAUGGAUAAAUCUGACCACACCCUGCUGAAGAAGAUCGAGAAGAUCCGCAGCCUGCUGGAACAAAACAAGGCCAAACACCGCUCUGCAGACACGGCGUCCAAACAGACCUACGACUACCUGAAGGACAAGCUCAUCAUCGACUCCGGUAACGAUAACAACUACUACGAACUGGCCCAGAGUCUGCGUCAGAGAAUCACAGACAUGAAGAUCAAGAUCGACAGACAGCUGAGUAUCCUGGCCGCCAUGAAAGACCGCGUCAAAGACCAGGUGGUGGAGAUGCAGCGGCUGGAGGUGGACAUUGAUAUUAAGCUCCGUUCCUGCAAAGGCUCCUGUGCAGGCUACUCUGAGUACCAGGUGGACAAGGAGAGCUACGAGGCUCUGGAAAAGCAGGUCAGCCAGUUGGACAACCAGACACCUAAGGAGUCUGUUGGGACGCUGUACGUGAUGAAGAGCAAGCCACUGCAGGAGGUCUUAGUGGACAGCAUCUACAAGUCCAAGGAUGUGGCCGGGCAGCAGAAAGAAAACCUGUUCCCUGAGGUGCAGGCAGUCCAGUUGAUCCUAACGCGGGAAGGCUCCAGCACAUCCCCAGCAGCCAUCUCAAAAGUCUCAGGUACUUCCCUCUCUCCAUCUACAUCCUCAUCAUCGGCCUCCUCAUCCACAUCAGCUAAAUCCACCACUGAGUUUGGAGGAGCUGAUUUAUUUGGUGUAGGUGGCAGCCAUCCAAGCACAAGCCACACAUCCACAUCCAGCUCAACCAUCACAUGCACCAGGCGAACCAAGACCACUGUUGUCCACACGAAGGACGGCCCAGUGCAAAGGGUGGAGCAUGUGAUGGAGGGAGGGCCAGAGUGCCAGUCAAUGGCAGACCUGAGUGAUGGAGGGAUGGACUCCCUCUUUCCAGGUUUCAGCCAACCAUCAUCCUCCUCCUCCUCCUCCUCCUCCUCCUCCUCCUCCUCGUCAACCAGCAACAUCCAGUCUGGUGAUGCCAAGGGCAGCAUCAUGGGAGAUUCCAAAGGAUCACAUGGGAAUACGUUUCACACGACGGGGUUCGAUUUGGGCGGGUUCAUGAUGGGCAAUGGAGAAGAUGACGUCCCUGAUUUUCAAGCUCGGAGUGUGAAGAACACCCGUGUCGAGCGCCAAGCUGAUUAUAUAGGACAAGGUACCAAAACAUCAGAACAGGAGUAACAUCUCUAAGGCUAGAAUGGUGCAUUCAGCUAGACAGCAUAGCUUUAGCAUUAGCUAGCUCACUAGCUAGCCUUAUGUACAAAAAAAGAAGUGAACAAAUAAAUAAUGUUAUUUUAGA